AUGCUAGAACAGUUGCUUAUUUUUACUAGAGGAGGGUUAAUCCUGUGGACGUGCAAAGAGCUUGGCAAUGCUUUGAAGGGAUCGCCCAUUGAAACUCUAAUCCGUUCCUGCCUCUUGGAGGAAAGGUCUGGGGCAGCAUCUUAUAAUUAUGAUGCUCCAGGUGCUGCUUACACCCUCAAGUGGACAUUCCAUAACGAGCUUGGUCUCGUUUUUGUUGCUGUUUAUCAGCGGAUUCUCCACCUGCUCUAUGUGGAUGAUUUACUUUCAAUGGUUAAGCAUGAGUUCUCCAAGAUUUAUGACCCGAAAAGGACUGAAUAUAAUGAUUUUGAUGAGAUGUUUAGGCAGCUUCGCAUGGAGGCAGAAGCUCGAACUGAGGAACUGAAAAAAUCAAAGCAACUGAUUAAGCCUGUAAACAGCAGGAAGCAAGGACAGUUACAAAAAGCUGGAUUUGAAGGAGGGAAAAGGAAUAAAAGCGAAUUUGGCUCUGGGAAUGACGGUGGGGAUGGUGAUAGCGCCAAAGUCACCGGUGGCAAUCAUACCAACAUGGAAAAAUCUAGGGUAACAGCUGUUACUAAUGGUAAAGAAAAUACUGGUUCCAACAUUGGAGCUUUUGAUGUAAGUAAACUUCAGAAAUUAAGAAGUAAAGGUGGGAAGAAAAAAGACACUAUUACUAACAAGGAGGACUCUAAGGUGGACAUGAAGAAAAAGGCAACAAAGAAGAACAGGGUUUGGGAUGAUUCGCCUCCAGAAUCAAAAUUGGAUUUUACAGAUCCCAUGGCCGAAGAUAGUUACGACCACAUAGAUGUUGUGGCAGCAGAUCAAGGUGAAAGUAUGAUGGACAAAGAAGAGAUUCUCAGUAGUGAAAGUGAAACUGAAGGCGAUGAGGAUAUGGGGAACGAUAACAAGCCUGAAGCGAAGAAAAAGGGGUGGUUUUCUUCUAUGUUCCAGAGUAUUGCAGGCAAGGCAAACUUGGAGAAGGCAGAUUUGGAACCGGCUCUGAAAGCUCUUAAGGAUAGGCUCAUGACCAAGAACGUGGCUGAGGAGAUAGCUGAGAAGCUUUGUGAAUCUGUAGCAGCAAGUCUUGAAGGCAAAAAACUGGCUUCAUUUACGAGGAUAUCUUCAACUGUACAGGCAGCAAUGGAAGAAGCACUUAUCCGUAUCUUAACUCCUAAGCGCUCUAUUGACAUUCUGAGGGAUGUGCAAGCUGCUAAGGAGCUUGGAAAACCAUAUGUUGUUGUUUUCGUUGGGGUUAAUGGAGUUGGGAAAUCUACCAACCUAGCCAAGGUGGCAUACUGGCUUCUGCAUCAUAAGGUUAGCGUUAUGAUGGCUGCUUGUGACACAUUCCGUUCAGGAGCUGUUGAGCAGCUGCGAACUCAUGCACGAAGGCUGCAGAUCCCAAUAUUUGAGAAGGGUUAUGAGAAGGAUCCAGCCAUUGUAGCUAAGGAAGCAAUACAGGAAGCAACUCGGAGUGGUUCAGAUGUUGUUUUGGUUGACACAGCUGGUCGGAUGCAGGAUAACGAGCCUUUAAUGAGAGCUCUUUCAAAGCUCAUUUAUCUCAACAAUCCCGAUCUAGUCUUGUUUGUUGGAGAGGCACUCGUUGGAAAUGAUGCAGUUGAUCAGCUGUCAAAGUUUAAUCAAAAAUUAGCUGAUCUCUCAACCUCAUCUAAUCCCAGACUGAUAGAUGGUAUUUUGCUCACCAAGUUUGACACAAUUGAUGACAAGGUUGGAGCGGCAUUAUCAAUGGUUUACAUAUCUGGAGCUCCAGUGAUGUUUGUCGGCUGUGGACAAUCAUACACCGAUCUGAAGAAGCUUCAGGUGAAGUCCAUUGCCAAGACUCUCCUGAAAUGAGAACAUUUUAUUGCUGGACUCAGAAGAAAAAAGUAACUAGAACUCUUUUUCAAGAGGAGGUCAGGUAUUGAACUUUGGAAAAAAAAAAUCCCUGCAGUUUACUUUUACAGAUCUCUUCAGUUGACUUUUGAGGUUUUUUCAUGUUUGCUUGUGUAUUCUGGAAGGUUUCAUCAGUUGAAUUAUUGGGAAUGUGUCUUUUUCUUUCCUUCCUUUGUUUAAAAAUGGUUCUUUUUUGUUUUUCCAAGAUAGCUUGAUAUUUCAUGAGUUUACUAAAUGAUUGACGGGCAGAUUCUUCGUAAGUACUUAAAACUAAAUCAGAUUUCUUUUUAGAUGUAAAGCUAAGUCUUAUUAAGAAACUUAGCGUCCACAAAACGAUAAUUGGAGGUUUCUUUCCAAAUUCUUGUGAGACUUACCAGAAGAAGUGUGUGAUGAAAUAUUGGAAAAGAAAGAAAAAAGAUAAGGCCCACAUUUGUUUCAUCGUGUGCAUGUACACUACAUUUAUUCUGUGCGUCAAUUUUUCAUUUCUGAAAUUGGUACCGAACUAUCAACGAUGUCAUUUUGUUUGUUGCUGAACUUCGAUUAUUUGAUCAGCUGUGCUUGUAGAUCUCCAGAUUAGUGGAUAUAUCUAAUAUAUAUGUGUUUGUA